AUGGCUAUUCAAUAUCUCAUUCUGCUGUCCCGCCAGGGCAAGGUGCGCCUUGCCAAGUGGUUCACCACGCUGUCUCCCAAAGACAAGGCUAAGAUUGUCAAAGAUGUCUCACAGCUUGUCCUCGCCCGCCGAACACGCAUGUGCAACUUUCUCGAGUAUAAGGAAACAAAGAUUGUGUACCGCCGCUAUGCGUCGUUGUUUUUUAUUACCGGAUGUUCAUCGGACGACAACGAAUUGAUUACCCUUGAAAUCAUCCACCGCUAUGUCGAACAAAUGGACAAGUACUACGGCAACGUUUGCGAGCUAGACAUCAUCUUUUCCUUCACCAAAGCAUAUUAUAUCCUUGACGAGCUGCUCCUGGCCGGCGAGCUUCAAGAAAGCAGCAAGAAGAAUGUUUUACGGUGUAUAGGGCAGCAAGACUCCCUGGAGGAUAUGGAGUAUCUACCAGUUCAAGAUUUCGAAGCCGUCACGAGCGCGCUGAACUUCAAUACUCCCGAUUGCAACGUUACCGGCGGCUGCGACUUGUACACAACAAAGUCGACUGGUUCCGACAAGAAACUCUACAAAAAUAUCGACAAGGACCUCGACUCACAACAUGCUGCCUUGCUGAAGCUUGGCGCUAGCCUAUCACCGCCAGAUCGUGAGCACAUGCUGGCCACGUCGCCCAGUAUGCAACUAUUUUCGACAUCGAGCGCCUUCGGACCACUGUCAGAGCUAUCCAGUAGGAGGACCUUUGCCUAUUUGAUCGCAACACUAAACGCCAGCCACCCGCACUAUGACUUUUCGCACGUCCUGAGACCCAACGACUUCAAGCGGGAGAGGAAUUUGCGCCGCGUCAUGGCAAAUCUUGACUCCAUUCUGCAAAACGUGCGACCCGGAUUCGAAGCGACAUCCUUUGACUCAUCCCUGGGAAGCGACUCGAAUUCGGUGUGGGGCACACAAUGCUGGUCCUUGAUAGACAAAGAAAUGCGUCUUAACGAGUGUACGAUAUUUAGCUAUCAACCCGACCCGGAUCCAUUUGAAGAAGACGAAAGUGCCAUUUGGGCAGUCCAUUAUUUUUUCUUCAAUAGGGCUUUGAAGAGAGUUGCGUACCUCUAUGUCCGUGUCGUGCCGGUCGUGUCGUCGGCCAGCCCGACGCUGCGACCUAUGCGGCUUGGUCAGGCCAAAAGAAACGCCGACUUUGACGCCGAUGGCGCAACGAAACGAGCAAACUACUGGCUCGGUGAUAGGCAGGCCGAGUUGGUCAGUGCCCUGGAUGACGGCUUGUUUUGGAACAGAGGAGAAGAUGGGGAUUUGGUCCUAUUCUCUGAUGAUGAAUACGAAGAAGGGGUUGAAGAUGUCGACCUGGCCGACGACGACGACGACGACGGCGAGGACGACGACGCGCAUAUGCCGGACAAGGAUAGAUUGAUGAGCGAAGAUGUUGCCGGGCGAAUGGAGAUUUAA